AUGCUUCCCAAGGCAGCUCAAGAUAAGACAUCACAAGAUACCUCUGCGGUGCCGGAGGCACAAGGCCUCAAGUAUGACGAAUCCGAAAUGGCACUCUUCCACGCCAAGCUGUCAUACCACUCCACCAUUGACGAGCGCAUGGCUUCCAAGGAUAGCAAUCUGGCAUCUAUCUCAGAAGCCCAGGCCAAAUUACUCAAAAGAUGGGAGAUGCUUAAACAACUUGAGAAGGAGCUCGCAGAAAAGGGAAAGAGCCUUUCCCCGACCGACAAAAGGCAAUUGGCACAGUACGAGUGGCGGUAUAAGCACCUGGAGAAAACCGCGACCAAGACUACUUCUGGGUAG